GGUAGUUAAAAUAACAGGUAUCUAAGGUUUGCCAAAGAUACAAGUGGCUAAUCAUUGAAAUAAAAAAAGUAGUAGAGGUAAGUAAUAUGUACUUGAAUAUUCGGUAAAAUGAUGAAGAUACAGUCUCAAUAGCAAGUUUUACUACUCGUAUUAUUUAUAAGCUUGUGAUUUUAUAUUUCUAAAUAGAAGUUUAUUGUUCGGCGUUCCGUCUACAUUUCAGCGAUUUUACAUCACUAUGAAUUCGUUAACAGUCGCUUUUAUAUUCAGCCUGUCGUUAGCUUUCGCACUGGAUGCUCCAUCAUCAACCCCUAAACCUUCAGAAAAAGAAGCCAAAGCUAUCCAAGAAUGCAACGCAACGAUUCCAGUGAAGAGAAAUCCUCGUGAAGUAAUCGAAAGAAACAUAACUGGUGGUCUCGAAGUCAAACUUGACCAAGACGAAAAAUGUUUUUUGAACUGCUACCUUCAAAAAGUUGGUUUUCUUGACCAAAAUAGCAACAUACGAAACGGUAAAAGAUUGGUCAACUUCACCAUCAGACAAGAUCCAAAAAUCUUGAACUACAGCGACGUCCUUAUCGCUCAAAUAUUCCAGAUUUCCAGAUCAACCAAAAGUAUCAAUGAAAAUUGCCAAAAAGCUUUCGUAAUUUAUCACCAAUUCGCUCAGGGUAUUUUCACAUCAGAACUGGCUUACAAUUUGCAGGCAGAUUUUCGCGUUAAAGAUAAAAUUGUUGAAGCCAUAGAAACAGGACGAAGAAUAGAUGAAAAUUUCGCACACCAAAUCGAAGAGUCAUUGACCAUUUACGAUAGUCUGACAAAAAUAUUAUCGUAUCUAGGAGAUAAUGCACAAUGAAUAAACCAGUUGAUUCAUAAGUUAUACCUAAUUACCCACCCACUUAUCGCAUGCAACAGAUAAAAUCAAAUCUUUUACAUCGAUCUCUGCUCGAAUUGUAAAUCUCAGAGUCAGUGUAAUUAAUUUAACUUAUUUCAUCCAUCAUAUUUUAAAAAUUGUAUAAUAAAGAGAUUAAGUCAA